GCAGACGCGCAACCAACGUCUUCUCCUCCAAGAAGUUCUCCUGAAUCAUCCUGUGUCCAUUGAUCAACCUUCCUGUCACUCCUUUAUCAACUCACUUUUCCAUCCGACGUUGCGCGCACGUCUUUCUUCUUUUCAUUCCUUCCUCCUUGUAGCACCAUCCAUUCCAUUGUCACCGUCAACAUGGCCUACUCCGCCAAGUAUACCCCUCGCCCCUUUACCGAUGUCUUCACGUCGGACACCGACAUCAAUCGUCGGGAAUGCACCCGCAAGGUGCCCAUGAAGGUCCUCAUUCUGGGCUUGGGGCGAACGGGUACAGCUUCCAUGCGCGCGGCCAUGAAGCAGCUCGGCUACGUCGACACCUACCACAUGAUGAACUGCUCGAUCGAGAACCCGCCGGACGCUCUCAUGUGGAUGGACGCCCUGACCGCCAAAUACGACGGUGUCGGCAAGAAGUUCACUCGCGAGGACUGGGACCAGCUCCUCGGAAACGCCCAGGCCGUCUGCGACUGGCCCUCCAUCGCCUUUGCCAAGGAGCUCAUCGAGGCCUACCCCGAGGCCAAGGUCGUCCUCACGAACCGCGACGUCCACACGUGGCAUGCCUCGACCAUGAAGACCGUCUACUGGCGCGUCACCGACCCCGAGCUGCGCUGGCUGUCGCACUUUGACUGGGCCGCCAGCAUGUACCAGCCCAUGCUGCAAAAGUUCUUUGACACCUUCUUCAAGGGCGACUUCCCCAACAAGGGCAAGGAGGUCUUCCUGAACCACUACGAGGAGGUCCGCAGCCUGGUGCCCAAGGAGCGCCUCCUCGAGUACAAGGUCACCGAGGGCUGGGAGCCCCUGUGCGAGUUCCUCGGCGAGCCCGUGCCCAAGGACUCGCCCUUCCCCAAUGUCAACGACAACUCUGACUUUGUCACCCGCUCGCGCCGUCGCAACAGGAACCAGAUGUACAACUGCCUGCUGCGCUACGCAUUCAACACAUCCGCCGCUGUCCUCUCGGGUCUGGCAGUGUACCACGGUGCCGUCAAUGGGUGAUUCAGACUAGGUGUCUUUGAUCCUCACACUAUCCUUACAAGGCCUGCGCUAACAAAUGUAGCCCCUGAGGCUGUACCAUUCC